AUAGCUCACAAUUUUCUUCAACCCCUUUGGUGCUUUGGCGCCCUAGUUUAUAGGAGGGGUUCCUGCUCGCUGCGGCUCAGCUCCUUCCUACCUCCGUUUGCUGAUCCUCCCAGAUGGGGUUUCUGUUGAUCAGGACGCAAGAGAAUUACGAUUUAUUGCUUUGAAAGGUAAACUUCAUGUAGCAUGUUACUUUUCAGUACGAAUACAGAUUGUUUAAGUAGAGGCUCUCAGCCAGCUGGUGGUGCUACACAAGUCUGCAAACUUUCUUUCUGGUUGAUUGCAGAAGAAGCAUCAGAUUACCUGCCCCAAAUGUGGUGCUUGCAAACAAAACUGGGCUCAUUGUGAGUCAUAUCCAGCUUUGUAUCCUUAAAAACAUGGUUUCCUGAUUCUCUCUGCCAGAUCAUGUUACAUAGUCCCAGGGUGAAUGUCCGGAAGGAGGGACUGCGUUCUUUACACUUCUCCCACAUUGAGGGCCUCUUGGGGUGCACAAAUGCAAGCCUACCUUGCGGGGCCAGAGGAGCGAACAGAUAACCACAGCAAGCUUUGGAUUUUGAGUGUGAGUCCGUGACAACCAGGAUGUGCGGCCCGGGGCUCCCAUGGCCAGGGAUGAUUACAACCGCUGGGGAACUGGAGGUGACCAGCUGGCGCCCCUGCCCUCCACGACCUUUGCGGAAGCGCUAGGUAGAAUCAGCCGCCAAUGGGUCCCGCACGACUUGCCGUCUGCACAGGACAUUGUGGGGAAGAACGAAGCCCCGGGCCCAGAUGGCCGUGGACCCCAGCUAGGCCGGGCGUCCUGUGGCACCCAGACUGUGGGGGACGCGGGUGUGGCUGGUCUGCGGCUGCUGGGAACAACAACACGGAGGGGCUUCCAGGAGGGCUUGCCCGCGUGGCAGGAGGAGGACAGCCCCCCCAGCUAUGCCGGGUGGAGCCCCGCUACGGAGCGGCCAAUUCGGGACAGCCUGGGGCGGGAAAACGAAAGGGGGGAGUCCGGGGGGCUGUCCAAGGAGGGCAGCCGCAGGGCGAGCCUGGGGGAGGUGGCGGGGGAGAAGGGCGAGAGGCAGCGGGAGUGGUACCAGCGCAUGCUGCUGGCGCUGAAGCUGAAGCAGGCCAAGCGCAUCGAGGACAUGGAGGCGCGCUUCGAGGAGGAGCUGCGGCGGCGCACGGACAUGCACGAGACAGCGCUGCAGCAAAUGGCAGCGCAGGCGGCAGUUGCCUCCUCUUCAGCCCAAGCGUGCGCGGCAGCCCAGGCGGCGGUGCGUGACUUGGAAGGGCAGCUGCGGGACGCGCAGGUGGUGGUAACGGAGCUGCAGGGACGACUAGCGAAGCAGCAAGAAGAGCUGGAGCUACGCCGCGAGUACGACUUAUACAAGCAGCGUAGCGCGCAUGAGAAGGAGCUGGCCGCCGUGGCAGAGAAGCAGCGGGCACAGCUGGAGCAGCUCCAGGCGGAGAUGCGGCAGGCUGUGGCUGCACGGGAAGAGGCGCACGAAGGGCAGCAGGCUCUCAGGCUGCAGCAUGAAGCGGAGAUGCGGCACCUCCAGACGGAGCACGCCGCCCAGUUUGCCAGUGCACAUGCCCAGAUGUUGGCAGCGCAGCAGGCGGUGGCUGCUCGGGGGGAGGCGGAGGCGGCUGCCACAGCGCUGGCGGUGGCGCAGGCCCGUAGCGAGUACGAGAGCAAGCUGGCGGCCGCGCUGCGUAGCCUGCAGGACAGCCAUGCCGAGCGCUGCGACCUGCUGGAGCAGCACUGGCAGCAGGCCAGCCAGCGGCAGAGCCACGAGUAUGAGCUGGUCAUCAACGAGCUGCGCGCGGCGCUGGCCACCUGCGAUCCAGCCGGCGAGCCGGUGCCCGUGCUGCGCACAACAGGCCUCCGGGAGGCCCCCGAGAGUCCCCGUAGAAACGUUGCCCCCCAGCCCGGCCCGGGGACAAGGCUCGGGCCGCGCCGCCCAGGAAACGCUCCAUCAGGAGAGAGGCCCGGGCCACUGGCAAGGACGCAGUCUAGCCCGCCUCGGUUGCCCCCUCCUGCUCGAGUGGCCAGCCGUGUAGUCACGCCCCAGCCCGCCAGCGAGCCUCGCGGGAGGGCCAAGAGUCCCGAGCGCGGGCCCGGUCGUGCGCAGCAGCGCACCCGUCCAAGCCCCAAUAUGAGCCCCCGUGAAGGCAGCUCGCCUGCCCCGAUGCAGCAGGGCCGCCCCUCAACGCCCCCGGAGCGCAUCCCCUACCAGGAGCUGAUGAGCAGCCUGCACGAACUCGACCAACGCAUGGCUCGGUCGCCCCCACGACACCGCGUUGGGCUGGACCAGGAGGCCUUGGGAAGUGGCAGCGGUGCGCAGAGGGGUUGGCAGCCUCCGGGAUAUGUGAGCCCCCCUCCAGCCCGGCCGCUCGCCCGGUCGGCGGCAGCCAAGCGGGCCCCCGCGCGGAGCUACCUGGACCGGCUGCUGCGGCAGCUGCGGGAAGAGCAGACGGCGGCGCAGCGCGGGGGCAGCCAUGACCAAGAGCUCCUCAGCAGUGGAACCAAGAGCUUGCCGCCAGAGCACUGGAACAGGACCAAAGGGGGAGGCAUAGGCUGAAGAUGGGGCUCGGACAGCAACAGGACUGCGCAGCACGUGACGGCGUCGGAUUGUGUUUGGAGUCUGAGUCAGCUUCCUCGAAAAGAGGACCGUCAAAAUGUGUGGAUAAAGUUGGAGACCCUUACUGGGGCCGAGAGAUAGUCGUCAAGAUUGAGUACUUGGCCCCGAGGAACUGUAAGUUAUGUGAGCUCAAUCAUAUCUGUAUUCUUGAAAUAUAGUGGCUUUCGUCGCGUGGUAGUCAGAAGUCCUGCAACUGAACAUACUUGGGACGAAGCUCCAAGAGGACCGAGAAUCGUGCCAGAAUCACAAGAACGCUCGG